UCUGCUUCAGACUGUUCCCUUCCACUGGCUCAUGGCAUUAGCCUAAUGGCGGCCAAUUCUGUCGGAGCUGUAGUUGGUACUUUUGGUAACUUCCUUGUUUGCACCGCGGUUCUUUACACAAGCCCUAGACUACGCAGAUGUUCAAACUAUCUUCUUGUUAGCUUGGCGAUCGCUGAUUUGAUCGUGACCAUGGUGUGUGAGCCGUUAGUCGUGGGAAUCGCCACCAAGAAAACCUUUUUCAACGACUGUGCAUCAAACCUGAGGCUCGCCUAUGUUGUAGCUUCUAACUUCUCGUGUGCAGCUUCUGUUUUGCACCUAGCGGCAAUCAGCGUUGAUCGCUUUCUCGCCGUUAUUGUCCCUCUCCGUCAUGGUCACAUAAUGAAGAGCUAUGGCUUGAAGGUCAUGUUGAUAGUUGUUUGGGGUGCAUCAACAGUGUUUGCAUCUCUUCGUGUGCCUUUCGUGAAAGUAACAAAUUAUGUGGUUUUUGUGAUGUUUAUCAUAAACUAUUUCCUCAUCAUCGGAUGCUACUUGUCCAUCACGAUUUCGGUAUUUUUACUUAGGAGGAGAAAGAGACACGUACCGGCAUCGACGCAAGGCAGAACAUUAACUUCCGUCAGGAGCAAAGUUGAGCGACGGUUUGCCUUCACGCUGGCUAUUGUAAUUGGUGUAUUCACAGCAUGUUGGGUUCCCUUGAUUGUUGUUGGCUAUCAUGUCGGGAAAUCUCUGGUGAAACUGUACGGAACCGCGUACAUGUGGGCUACAACUUUAGCCUUGUUAAACUCAGCUAUGAACUUUCUUAUCUACAGCGCUAGAAUUCGUGACUUCAGACACUCCUAUGCUCGUAUAUGCCGCAAGAUUCUUCGCUGUAACUAAUGCGAUCUUGCAGUUCAGUUGUACGUGUGUAUUUUAAAAAAUUUUACAAAAAACUGAAGAUAUAUGGACAGAAAUUAAUUCAAAAGGAACUAACAAAUUACAUCAAGUUAUCGACAUUUAACCUGAACAUAUAAGUGAAUACCAGUCGACAUAUCAGACUUUGUUAAUAGUGACUACUAUUAGUACAUACACUGCACAAGCGAGUGCUUUUAGAGAGCGCUGAUUUGGUAGGUUGCAGGUGAUAAGCCAUGCAAGCGAUUUUUUGGAGGUAAACAAGAAAGUUUCUAAUAUAGCUAUUAAAUCAGAGCUUGGUCAUUUUCUUUUAAAUAUCACUAUCACAAAAAAAAUUCUCAAAUACAUUUUGUUUAUGUAGUCUAAAGAUGAGGAACUUCUCUCGUCAAACAAGCUUUUUCAAUGUCAUUUAACUUAUACUGUAAUGGCAAAAAUAGCUUCCACUCUCAUUUGAUAAAUAAGUCAGAAUACUUUAAGCUUCCUGACUUUAACACUGAUUUAUUAGAUAAAGCUAUGGUAAAAAGCUAUGUAAGCUCAAUGAAACAGGAAUAUAUCUUGUAUUUGCAAAGCACCCUUCAACAUUCUCAAAAACUUGAAUUUUAUAGAUCUUUCAAAACCGAUCAUACCACCUCUAGUUACUUAGAAUUAACAAGAGGAACAGCUGGGAGUAGAGCUUUAGCCACGGUAAAACUGCGAAUAAGCAAUCACAAACUAAUGAUAGAAAUAGGCAGAUACAAUCAAACUACGAAGGAUAAUAUAGGCAUUGCCCUUUUUGUGGAUCCAUUCUAAUAGAAGACGAAGGUCACUUUCUUUUUCAAUGUCCUACAUACUCUAUGAUUAGGAAUAAAUUUUACUAUAAAGUCAAGACUCUGAUUCCAAAUAUUACCCAGUUACCUAUAAACUGUUUGAUUAGUAUAGGUAAUAGCAUGAUUUGUAGUGAUAUUUGGCAUAAAUACCACAAGUGAUAUAUUUGAAAAUUGUUAUACAUAAUUUGAGAAAUUUGAGACAAUUUUGAAAUAUCACGAGUGGUAUUUAUGCCAAAUAUCACGUACAAAUCAUGCUAUUAUUUCUUUAUACUACUACUCACAAAAAGGUUGUAAUUUUCACAUGUAGGUAUUUCGAAUUAAGCGAAUUCAAUCAUAGAGUCACUUAAUCUAUUCCAAUCCCUAAUUGUCCUAGCAAAAAAACUAAACUUGUAAGUAUUUCCUGAUUAGGAGGGUUGAAUAAACUUCUUAGGGUUAUACUGGCGGGUGAUUCAUCCCUUAGCCUUAAUUUCGUCAGGUAAAUGGGUCAACGUAAAUUUACAUGUAUACGUGCCUGAAACUACUUAAACUACCUGAAAGCGAAACUUCGGAACUUUCCUGCAUAUUAUAUUUAGUCACCCUUGCGUAUUUAUUUAACAAACAUUGUGGCCGUUCGUUCAAUUCUCGUUUGGAUUUUGGAUUUGUCGAAAACGCAACGCCUUCUUUACCUUUAAACAACCGAACAUGAAAAACAAUUCGUUGGAAGACAUCACCAAUCUGUCUGCUUCAGACUGUUCCCUUCCACUGGCUCAUGGCAUUAGCCUAAUGGCGGUUAAUUCUGUCGGAGCUGUAGUUGGUACUUUUGGUAACUUCCUUGUUUGCACCGCGGUUCUUUACACAAGCCCUAGACUACGCAGAUGUUCAAACUAUCUUCUUGUAAGCUUGGCGAUCGCUGAUUUGAUCGUGACCAUGGUGUGUGAGCCGUUAGUCGUGGGAAUCGCGACCAAGAAAACCUUUUUCAACGACUGUGCAUCAAACCUGAGGCUCGCCUAUGUUGUAGCUUCUAACUUCUCGUGUGCAGCUUCUGUUUUGCACCUAGCGGCAAUCAGCGUUGAUCGCUUUCUCGCCGUUAUUGUCCCUCUCCGUCAUGGUCACAUAAUGAAGAGCUAUGGCUUGAAGGUCAUGUUGAUAGUUGUUUGGGGUGCAUCAACAGUGUUUGCAUCUCUUCGUGUGCCUUUCGUGAAAGUAACAAAUUAUGUGGUUUUUGUGAUGUUUAUCAUAAACUAUUUCCUCAUCAUCGGAUGCUACUUGUCCAUCACGAUUUCGGUAUUUUUACUUAGGAGGAGAAAGAGACACGUACCGGCAUCGACGCAAGGCAGAACAUUAACUUCCGUCAGGAGCAAAGUUGAGCGACGGUUUGCCUUCACGCUGGCUAUUGUAAUUGGUGUAUUCACAGCAUGUUGGGUUCCCUUGAUUGUUGUUGGCUAUCAUGUCGGGAAAUCUCUGGUGAAACUGUACGGAACCGCGUACAUGUGGGCUACAACUUUAGCCUUGUUAAACUCAGCUAUGAACUUUCUUAUCUACAGCGCUAGAAUUCGUGACUUCAGACACUCCUAUGCUCGUAUAUGCCGCAAGAUUCUUCGCUGUAACUAAUGCGAUCUUGCAGUUCAGUUGUACGUGUGUAUUUUAAAAAAUUUUACAAAAAACUGAAGAUAUAUGGACAGAAAUUAAUUCAAAAGGAACUAACAAAUUACAUCAAGUUAUCGACAUUUAACCUGAACAUAUAAGUGAAUACCAGUCGACAUAUCAGACUUUGUUAAUAGUGACUACUAUUAGUACAUACACUGCACAAGCGAGUGCUUUUAGAGAGCGCUGAUUUGGUAGGUUGCAGGUGAUAAGCCAUGCAAGCGAUUUUUUGGAGGUAAACAAGAAAGCUUCUAAUAUAGCUUUUAGAUCAGAGCUUGGUCAUUUUCUUUUAAAUAUCACUAUCACAAAAGUUACUUAGAAUUAACAAGAGGAACAGCUGGGAGUAGAGCUUUAGCGACGGUAAAACUACGAAUAAGCAAUCACAAACUAAUAUAUGAUAGAAAUAGGCAGAUACAAUCAAACUACGAAGGAUAAUAUAGGCAUUGCCCUUUUUGUGGAUCCAUUCUAAUAGAAGACACAGGUCACUUUCUUUUUCAAUGUCCUACAUACUCUAUGAUUAGGAAUAAAUUUUACUAUAAAGUCAAGACUCUGAUUCCAAAUAUUACCCAGUUACCUAUAAACUGUUUGAUUAGUAUAGGUAAUAGCAUGAUUUGUAGUGAUAUUUGGCAUAAAUACCACAAGUGAUAUAUUUGAAAAUUGUUAUACAUAAUUUGAGAAAUUUGAGACAAUUUUGAAAUAUCACGAGUGGUAUUUAUGCCAAAUGUCACGUACAAAUCAUGCUAUUAUUUGUUUAUACUACUACUCACAAAAAGGUUGUAAUUUUCACAUGUAUGUAUUUCGAAUUAAGCGGAAAUACCACUGCCCUAAGCCAAUCAAAUUGCAGAAAUUUCUCAUGUAGUCGUAUAAAGGUUGAAAUCAGGGCAGUUGAUAGCCAAUCAGGUUUGACAAUUUUGUUAUAGUUACCAUUAAUGAACUAAUGAACUCCUCUAAUUACUUUAUCAAUAUACAAUUCAUAAAAUAUAUUUCAGCUUGUUUUGAUGUUCGUGACAAAUUAUUAUCAAAGUAACGUAAUUGCCCUAUGAUGUAAUUUUGAGUCGAAAAAUUAGCUUUUACAAUACUGUAUGUGCAUGUAUGGUUAUGCAAAUAAAGCUCGUUGUUAUUGUUUUAUUACCUCCGAGCAGCCUCGAGGAGAAACAAAGAACAUUUAAGACUUGAACUGGUCUUGUUCGAGUUUAUAAUCUUUCCCAGAUAAAGUUAGCUCGGACUUUCUCUAAUAAGGAAUUGUAAUGAGUAGAUGAAAACUGCGCCUAAAAAUUUAUGAACCCGACAUGAAACUUCUUGCAGAUAAAAUGAACAACAACCUCGUCUCCAGGGUCUUUUCGAUAUGGCGGCCGCCAAAACGAGAAGACCCUGAGGACGACGUUGACUAAACAAAACUUGGUCACGUGGUACAAAAUGACGUUUGCCGGAAAUGUGAUUCUAAUUGUCUCUCCUUUAGACAGUGGUGUGAAGUACUAUAGAAACCCGGGGGGUGGGGGGUGCGACAUACAAGAUCAAAAAUCGCACCGCUUCCCUAGCGUUUUAUUUUACCUGCUUUGCUCUCCAGUUCGUGCUGUUGGGUACUAUCCAAACGCCUGCAGACUUCAGUCGGCCAUUUUAUUCAUGAUGUGCUAUGUGCUCGAUUACUUUUGUUAGUAGUAUUGUGGUAUGAAAUAGCUGGAGUACUGAAACACUUCUCCGAUAGACUCGAAAAACUGCAAAACAGGGCUGCUACAAUAAAUAUAUAAUUUUCUUCAGAUCUCGCACCUUUGCCGGAAAGGAUACCGCAAUUUACGGUUGUAUCGCGCUAGACUGCAUGCCCUGAGGAGUGACCUGAAUCAGUUUCGUACCUCGAAAAUUACCUUUUAGUAAUAUAUUUUCUCUUGGAUUUCUGACCUUUCGAAGAGAGGUAGCGUAUUUUUGGCUUUGUUUAGGUUUCUGCUGCGAACGCGGAGACGCAACACCAAGGUUCACUAUGAUGUUGGUAAUAAGAACGGGCAUGUCUAACGCAGUCUCAUCAGUCUUAUCGCCACGGUUGAUAAAGUUUUAUUCUUUCAUUUCCGUUGCAGGAUCAGGAGCGUAACAUCUACUUCUUUAAUCUAUAAAGGUUUCCCAUGGAUGUGUUUUCAGGUAGAGCUCACAGAUUUGACAAACAUGUUCCUUAUAAAUAAAUCAUAAAUAAAUUAAAGCAAAACAUAAGUGAAAUAAACACUAUCAAAAAAACUCUUGUUGUAACAAAUUAAUAAUUAAAUUACUCACGGCUAGUUUGAAGCUAUCAUAUGUUUCACAUUCAAUCACAGAAUCACUUAAUCUAUUCCAAUCCCUAAUUGUCCUAGCAAAUAAACUAAACUUGUAAGUAUUUCCUGAUUAGGAGGGUUGAAUAAACUUCUUAGGGUUAUACUGGCGGGUGAUUCUUCCCUUAGGCUUAAUUUCGUCAGGUAAAUGCAUGGGUCAACGUAAAUUUACAUAUAUACGUGCCUGAAACUACUUAAACUACUGAGAGCGAAACUUCGGAACUGUCCUGCAUAUUAUAUUUAGUCACCCUUGCGUAUUUAUUUAACAAACAUUGUGGCCGUUCGUUCAAUUCUCGUUUGGAUUUUGGAUUUGUCGAAAACGCAACGCCUUCUUUACCUUUAAACAACCGAACAUGAAAAACAAUUCGUUGGAAGACAUCACCAAUCUCUCUGCUUCAGACUGUUCCCUUCCACUGGCUCAUGGCUUUGGCCUAAUGGCGGCCAAUUCUGUCGGAGCUUUGGUGGGUACUUUUGGUAACUUCCUUGUUUGCACCGCGGUUCUUUACACAAGCCCUAGACUACGCAGAUGCUCUAACUAUCUUCUUGUUAGCUUGGCGAUCGCUGAUUUGAUCGUGACCAUAGUGUGUGAGCCGUUAGUCGUGGGAAUUGUGGCCAAGAAAACGUUUUUCAACGACUGUGCACCAACCCUGGAGCUCGCCUAUGUUGUUUCCUCUAACUUCUCGUGUGCAGCUUCUGUUUCGCACCUAGCGGCAAUCAGCGUUGAUCGCUUUCUCGCCGUUAUUUUCCCUCUCCGUCAUGGUCGUAUAAUGAAGAGCUAUGGCUUAAAGGUCAUGUUGAUAGCUGCUUGGGGUGCAUCAACAGUGUUCGCCUCACUUCGCGUGCCUUUCUUGAAAGAAACAGCUUACAUGGUUGUCGUGAUGUUUAUCAUAAGCUACUGCCUUAUCAUAGGAUGCUACUUGUCCAUCACGAUUUCAGUAUUUUUGCUCAGGAGGAGAAAGAAGCAGGCAUCGACGCAAGGCAGAACAGUAAUUUCCGUCAGUAGCAAAGUUGAGAGACGGUUUGCCUUCACGCUGGCUAUUGUAAUUGGUGUAUUCACAGCAUGCUGGUUUCCCAUGAUCGUUGUUUUCUUUGCUGCCGGGAAAUCUUUGGUGAAAAUGUACGGAACCGCGUACAUGUGGAUAAGAACUUUGGCCUUGUUAAAUUCAGCUAUGAACUUUAUUAUCUACAGCGCUAGAAUUCGUGACUUCAAAAAGGCCUUCGCCAUUAUAUGCCGCAAGAUUCUUCGCAUUGUUUGA